GGUCUGAUUGAUUACACCACCACCAACAACAGCAACCGUCAACAAACACCAUAGAGGAGAGAGAGAGAGAGCAUUAACACGGCCGCCACCGUCCAAAGUGUGAGGUAAGGCCUGCGCACCUUCGCGGCUGGUUUUUAACUCCGUUGUGCACUUCACCACUGUUGGGGCGAACUCGCGCGUUCGUGGCGCGCCAUCUGUUUGUGCGGUGAUCUCCUCAGGUGUUCUGCGGCGUUGCUCUUUCGGCGACUCCGUGAGAGGACUGCGCAGCUGACGCAACGAGGAAACAAAAGGACGGUGAACGGCGCAGGGCGUACUCGGCGGCCCUGCAGCACACGCACUGCUCGCAUUGAAGGCGCCGGCGCAGGCGAAGGCACAAUGGACCCGCUAUCCGGCCUGACCUCCGAGUCCCGGGCGAUCAUCGACAACUUUUUCCGUUGGUCCAAGCUUUCCCUGGACAAAUUCAAGCGCGACCUUACCGUUGAGGCCGGUGCAUUUCAAAGCGGCAACUUGUGGCGCGACGGCUACUCCAAAGAGGAGGUGGCGCAGAUGCUGAACGGGCAGCUCGCGAUGCUGCUCGGGGUGGUGAACACGCAGAUGGACAGCACCACGGCCGCCUCCGCGGAGCUGAUUCGAGCCGUCCUCCGCCAAGCGGAUCUGCAGCGACUCACGUUAAGCGUGGACGCGACGGCGGUGCUGAACAACGCCGGCGGUGUUAACGCGAUGGGCGAACACGGCCGUCAGCUGAUGAGUGGGCCGACGAACCGACUGGCCCCGCUGACGCUAGCGGAGGCAGGCGGGGAGGCUGCCCGUCAGCUCGCCGAGGCCAACGCGGAAGUUCGACGCCUUCAGGGGAAGCUGCAGCAGGUGACGGACGCCUACACGCAGGUGAUGACGGGCCGCUCGUCGGACACGGCCAACUUGCUCUCCAUGCAGGACGCAAUGAACGACAAGGAGCGUGUGGCGGCGGAGUUGGCGGCGCGGUGCCAAAGCCACGACCCGACGGUGUACGCGGCGGUGCAGGCGCUGCGGUCGGAGGUGGCCGAGGCGAAGCGGGAGCUGGCGACCCGGCUCAACCAGUCGACGCAGUUCCAGCAGGUGAAGCAGCUCUUGGCGCAGCGCAAUCAGCAAAUGAAGGCGAUGCGGCAGGAGCUGGCGGCGUACAACCCGGCGUAUCGGCAGCAGGCCGACGACAUCGCUUCGGAGAACGACUGA